UGCAAAUGAUACCAUAGUGAAAGAUCAAAAUUUUGAACCAUCAUGGUCAAGAAAAGUUGGAGAAACUUGUAAAGUGCCCAAUCAGUUAAAUAUUUCCAUAGAAACUAUUGGCACUUGCCUUGUAUUGAAGUUUAGCUCCUCAGGCAGGCUCCUAUUAGCUGCUUGUGGUUCGCAAGAACAAUAUUAUUUACUGCUCUCUGAGAUACCGUCUGGGAAAAUUCUGCAAAAGGAAUUUGCUCACUGUCAAGUAAUAUAUGACAUUGAUUGGUCUUCUGAUGAUACUUAUAUUUUAAGUGCUUCCAGUGAUUACAGUGUAAAGAUAUGGAAUGUGAAGCCAUGGAAUCUGUUCUCAUCACUUGUUCAUCCAUCAUUUGUUUAUUCAGCCAAAUUUCAUCCUUCUUCCACAAGUAUUUUAGCCACAGCUUGUUAUGAUCAUAUUAUUCGUAUCUGGAAAAUAAGUAAAAACACACAAAAAGUAUUUGAACUGGAAGGGCAUGAGGGCUCAGUUUGUGCACUUGAUUGGCAAAAGUUGGGAAAUGUAAUUUGUUCUGCUGAUUCUGUUGGUCAAAUCAAAGUUUGGAGAACUUCAACUCUGCAAAAGAAGGAUGAUUGCAGCAAUUAUGUUCUUGAGAAGGAAAUCAAUUUACAAUUAAAGGGUUCUUCUAUUAAUAAGAUUGUGUCGGAAAAGGAGAAUAUUUUUUGUCUUUUUUGCAAUGAUUCAGUGAAAAUCCUGGAUAUCUCUAGUGAAAGUAUUAUAUUUAGUGUUACACCUGAUAUUGUGACUCGAAAUAGUUGCAGAGGAUGUUGUUCACCAUGUGGAAGCUUACUAUUCAUUUCUCAUGAAGAUGGUCAUAUUUCUGUCUGGAAUAAGAUAACAAGUGAAAAAAUUUGUGUGAUGUCCAAUGCAAUGAUACUUGGUAGACUCUCAUCUAUUGACUACCAUCCAUUUUAUCAUAUGUUGGCUGUAGGUUCAUGGGAGGAGAACAUGCCUAUUCAUCUAUACAUUCAUGACCAAACAAAUUCAUCUGAUGGAAAUGAUACCAAAAUGAAUGAAAUAACAGAUACACAUAAUGUCUCUAGCACUUCAUAUUUGACGUCUGAAACAGUUGAUUUGAAUAACUGUACAGUAUUGAAAAAUUUGAACAGUCUUUCUUCAUGGCAUAAGAAAUCAGAAAAGUACAUGUUUGAUGUGAAUCAAAGGACUGAUGAAAAUUCUGAUUCUUCAUCUUCAAAAUGCAUCAGAGAUUCAGUUGUGUCUUCACAAAUGUUAAAGAAGUCAUUAGCAAGGCCUCAAGCAGAAACUAGCUCCAGUACAAAAUGUCAAGAAUUCAAUGAAAUUAUGACUUCAAACAAUCCCCUCAAUGCAGUUUCAACAAGUCAUCCUUCAUUGCUCAAAAGUUCAAAAAGGGCCCAGAGGCGCGAAAAGAUUAAAAGAUGUAAAUGACAGAUAGAAGUUUGAGAAGACUAUUAUUUGUUUGUUAAACUGUAU